CUAGGUGUCUCCUAGAGGGGGUAUUCGCGUUAAGGCGACUUUUUAGUUUCAGGUAUUCGCGUUAAGGCGACUGGCGAAUGAGCCCUCCUAGAGUAGUAUCGAGCCUAGUAAAGACAAAAUGAGUCGUGAUCGGCACCGUGGAGUUUUACCAGCAACAUUUGGCUUUGCUGUGUACAUGUUUCUCCUGAUACACCACGGUGGCAGUAAGUGCGUGCAUAAAACUCCACGACACUUGAAGAAAGAAUGCUGUGUGAACUACUGCCCCAGCGCAGACCAGUGUCCUGAGGAAUGUACUGACUGUGUCAGCGGCUUCUAUGGGUCUGACUGUAGACGGAGCUGCCGAGGAAACUGUUUGAAUGGACGGUGUGCCCUACUGGCCAAUGGUCGAGCCGUCAACUGUACGGAGGGGUGUGUGUUGGGGUGGAGGGGGUUAACAUGUAGUACUAGAUGUAAGCGUCCGUGUCUGGGGUGUGACAGAUACACGGGAGAUUGUGUGGGACAAUGCAGGGAUGGAUUCUAUGGACCUGGGUGCUUACAGCGAUGUCCCUACCCAUGCUCUAAGUGUGACAAAAACACUGGAGAGUGCUUGUCUAACUCUUCUGAUGCUAUUGACAAAAACCCGAAGAAAAACAACAUGUCUGUUGCAUUAAGGCAGACACACGGUAAUAACUCAAGCAAGAUUCACACAUGCAACACAAACAUGUCCCACAGCAGUGGAGAGUUUCACCAACUUCAUGAAAUGCCCUCAACAUCUCUCAGUGACAGAUGGACAACAUCCCCAUAUUUGCCAACAGCAAUUGCUGUAUUGUCUGCAGUAAUUACCUUCGGUAUUGUCAGUUUCAUCUUCCACAGAAUGAAGGUGGCGUUGGAGCAAAAGAGGAAAGGGGAUCAGCUUGUAAACUCAUCACAAACCAAGAGAUUAAUCGGCUCUUACAAUUCCAAAGUGAUGAGUUUCAGUGCACCCAUUAUCAUUUAUGUGCCUGAAGAUUCAUAAAUAAAUGCAAGGUCAAAGAACUUGCUUUCUUAGUGUUGUUGCUAUAUAUGUAUUUGCUGAGAGAGUAAAUGGAGGCACUAGAGGUGAUGGUAAAAUGUGCUGAUUUUAUUUACUUCAGCUUUGUGUGGUGAAACUGAACUUGGCGUAGGCCACAACUCAGAUGGAAAGUAUAAAAAAACUGUCCGAAGAUUGAUUUUGGUCGUGGUGGAUGUUGAUAUUUAUAUGAGUUCAAGUCAACUAUAUGAUGGAUUAAUAAAAUUAAAAGGUU